AGGCGUCUUUUCCCGGCUGGUCUCGGCCCCCCUUCGUUAGAGGCCUAAGCCGUUCCGAGUCUCUGUGAGAGGCAGGGACUGACGUUGCACCCGCCUGCCGUCCCAGCCGGCCCCAUCUCCGCGGUGGGCCCAGCAGACCUGCCCGGCCCCUUUAAGAGCCUCGCAGAUCGGACGCCGGAGGUCGCGGCGUUCUCCCGGCGCCACGGGCCUCCCUACGUUUAUGCUGCUGUCGCCCUCCCGAGCCAUGCGUGCACUGCGGGCUGGCCUGACCCUGGUGCUGGGCGCGGGGCUGGGCGCAGCUGCCGAGGGCUGGCGACGACGGCGAGCAGAUGCGCGGCCGGCGCCUGGGUUGCUGGGCCGGCUGCCCGUGCUGCCUGUGGCGGCGGCGGCCCAGCUGCCCGUCGUGCCUGCCGUACCUGGGACCCCAGCGGGCGGCAGCCCCGGCGAGCUGGCUAAGUACGGGCUCCCCGGGCUGGCGCAGCUCAAGAGCCGCGAGUCAUACGUGUUGUGCUACGAUCCGCGCACUCGCAACGCGCUCUGGGUGGUGGAACAGCUGCGGCCUGAGCGGCUUCGCGGCGAUGGCGACCGCCGCUCGUGCGACUUCCGCGAGGAUGAGUCGGUGCAUGUGUACCACCGCGCCACCAACGCCGACUACCGCGGCAGCGGCUUCGACCGCGGCCACUUGGCCGCCGCUGCCAACCACCGCUGGAGCCAGAAAGCCAUGGACGACACCUUCUACCUGAGCAACGUCGCGCCCCAGGUGCCCCACCUCAACCAGAAUGCCUGGAACAACCUGGAGAAGUACAGCCGGAGCUUGACCCGCAGUUACCAAAAUGUCUAUGUCUGCACAGGGCCGCUCUUCCUGCCCAGGACAGAGGCUGACGGGAAGUCCUACGUGAAGUACCAGGUAAUCGGCAAGAACCACGUGGCAGUGCCCACCCACUUCUUCAAGGUGUUGAUCCUGGAGGCAGCAGGUGGGCAAAUCGAACUCCGCUCCUAUGUGAUGCCCAAUGCACCCGUGGAUGAGGCCACCCCGCUGGAGCGCUUCCUGGUGCCAAUCGAGAGCAUUGAGCGGGCCUCGGGCCUGCUCUUCGUGCCGAACAUCCUGGCGAGGGCCGGCAGCCUGAAGGCCAUCACUGCAGGCAGCAAGUGAGGACAGCCGCCCAGCCAGACUGUGAGGGUGUGGGGCUGGGUCGCAUUAAAGGUAGUUAUUUUUGGAGAAAA